AUGAACACAUCGUUAUUGAAUAAAGAGAAAGGUGAGAUGAAAGAUGGUAACAAGCAUGGGAAAGGCAAAAUGGAUUUUGCAAACGGCGACAAGUACACAGAAGAUUGUGUCAAUGGUAUCAGAACAGGCCAAGACCUUUACAUUUUUGCCAAUGGUGAUCGCUACGAGGGGCAGUGGAAAGAUGAUAAAAAGCAUGGGAAAGGCAGAAUGGAUUUUGCAAACGGCGACAAGUACACAGGAGAUUAUGUCAAUGGUAUCAGAACAGGCCAAGGCCUUUACAUUUAUGCCAGUGGUACUCGCUACGAGGGGCAGUGGAAAGAUGAUAAAAUUCAUGGCAAAGGUAAAAUGACGUAUGCUAACGGUACAAUUGAAGAUGGAAUGUGGUCCAAUAGCAGUUUUGUGGGCUAA